ACUAUUGAGAGCUGCAGGCUUGAGACCCCCAGCCUGCAGACCCCAGCCCGCCCAUCUCGGGCCACUGGCCCCGGGCCCCACCAUGUUCUCCAGGAAGAAGCGGGAGCUCAUGAAAACCCCUUCCAUCUCAAAAAAGAACCGGGCGGGAAGCCCCAGCCCACAGCCCGCGGGGGAGCUGCCCAGGAAAGAUGGGGCUGAUGCGGUGUCCCUUGGACCCAGCCUGGAGCCACCAAGUGCAGCCUCAAAUGCCAAGGCCAUGGGCACCCUCAAACGGCCCACCAGCCUGAGCCGCCAUGCCAGCGCGGCUGGCUUCCCGCUGUCCGGCGCCAGUUCCUGGACGCUGGGCCGGGGUCAUCGCAGCCCGCUGACCACAGCCAGCCCGGCUGAGCUCCCCAUCGAGGGGCCCUGCCCCGACACCGUGGAGGACAUCUCCCAGCUGCUGACUGACGUGGGCCGCUUUGCCAAGGCGCUUGAGAAGCUCAAAGAGUGUGUCCUGAGCGACGACCUCCUCGAGGCCCGCCGGCCACUGGCCCACGAGUACCUGGGUGAGGCCCUUCGUAUGAUGCGUCAGAUCAUCUCCAAGUACCCGCUGCUGAACACCGUGGAGUCACUCACUGCUGCUGGCACCCUCAUUGCCAAGAUCAGAGCCUUCCAUUAUGAGUGCAACAAAGAGUCUGACAAGCAGGAGUUUGAGAAGGCCCUGGAGACCAUCGCUCUCUCCUUCAGUAACACCGUGUCCGAGUUCCUCAUGGGGGAGGUGGACAGCAGCACUCUCCUGAUCGUGGAGGUCGAGCAGGACAACAAGAUGACUCCAGGGAACCUGGGCAUUGUGUUUGGACCCACGCUGCUGCGGCCAAGGCCCACCGAGGCCACCGUGUCCCUGUCCUCCCUGGUCGACUACCCCCACCAGGCCCGCGUUGUGGAGACCCUCAUUGCCCACUACGGCCUGAUCUUCGAGGAGGAGCCCGAGGAGGUGCCUGGGGGCCAGGACGGCACGUAUGUGCAGCGGGCUGAGGCCACGGUGCAGACGGCGCACCCAGAGGCGAGUGCGGGGGCCGCCCUCCCCCUGCAAGAGGAGGCCGCGGACCGGGGCCCAGAGCCCCAGGUGGCCUCCAAUGACUCCGACUCCGAGGCGGAGGAGGCCUCAGACCUGCUGUCCCCAGCGGACGGGGGCGCCGUGCACCGCCUCAGUUUCCUGGAGAAGCCGGGCAGCGAGGCCAGCGUGGAGGAGGGCCAGGGCAGCCGCAGCGGCAGCGAGGAGCAGCUGGGAGCUGCAGCCGCGGCCGGGGAGGGCCUGGCCCAGCAGCUUUCCGAGUACAACACCAACCAGUGCAACAACACGGCCGAGGUCCGGCUGCCCGCCAUGAGGCUCCGCGGUGGGCGGGUCGAAGCAGGCUCAGGCCAGGAGAGGCAGCCGGACUGUGUCUAGCUGGGGCACUGCAUGUCCAGUCCCUGUGGAUGUCCAGGCCCCGCGAGGCCUGCUCCAAGCCCAGUGCACCGAGGACACUGCUGGCUGCCUUUUCCAGAAGCUUCCGGGAGCAAGGGGUGAGGCUGAGGCCUGCCCCGUUUGCCUGUGUGCUGGGGGCCAUGUGGACGGAGAAGCCACGUACGCCUCUGCUGAGUGGCCCUGCCCUCGGGGCCAGCCACCCCACCGGCCACUGGGCCACCACGGAGGCCACGCUGGAAGCCAGAUGGCAGGGGCCAGGAGGCAGCGUCGGGCCCCGGAGGGUGUAGGCACGCGGCGAGGUCUGUCCUGGGUCACAACGUAGAUUUUCAAAUGCACGUUUAUUUUGCUUAAAAUAAAGUUUUAA